CUUCUGCGUACUUCACUUCGGCGCUGAGGCGAGUGAGGUUCGCAGUGUCGCGCGGCUCCAGACUCCAUUUCCCAGUGUCCCCUGCGGAGGCACAGGGUAUAACGGUUGUUGUAGUCCCGCUGCUCUGCCAGCUGGUCCAGCUACACGGGAGGAUGUCGGAGGUGCAGCUGCCGCCUAUCCGCACCCUGGACGACUUCGCUCUGGGGUCCGCGCGUCUGGCUGCCCCGGACCCCUGCGACCCGCAGCGAUGGUGCCACCGAGUGAUCAACAACCUCCUCUACUACCAGACCAAUUACCUUCUCUGCUUCAUCUUCAGUCUGGCGCUGACCGGGUAUGUGAGCCCACUGCACACCCUCCUGAGCACACUGGUGGUGGCGGUGGCCCUGGGCACGCUGGUGUGGGCAGCUGAGACUCGUCCAUUCGUGCGCCGCUGCCGCCGCAGCCACCCUGCUGCCUGCCUGGCCGCAGUGCUGGCCUUCGGCUUUCUGGUCCUUUGGGCCACUGGCGGCACCCUCACCUUUCUGUUUGCCAUCGCUGGGCCCGUGCUCUUGAUCCUUAUCCAUGCCUCGCUGCGUCUACGCAACCUGAAGAACAAGAUCGAGAACAAGAUUGAGAGCAUUGGACUCAAGCGUACUCCGAUGGGGCUGCUGCUAGAGGCACUGGGCCAGGAGCAGGAGGCUGGAUCCUAGGGGUCUGCUCUGCUUAGAUUCCUGCUUCCCACCCUCACACCCCAAAUCCCAAGUGGCCGGGACCAAGAGGUGGGACAGGACAUGACGGAGGAGGAGACGGCCUGAGGCAUGGGCCCUGCAUCAUUGUUGCCGCAACAAUAAAGGUUCUUGCAUUGCUCA